AUGGCCAAAGGAUCCAAGUCUGACAAGGUCGAUGACCAACCACCCUCGGUCGAGGAAGAUCUCUACCAAAUUCUCGGCGUCGACUCAACAGCAACACCAGAGGCAAUCAAGACUGCAUACAAGAAGAAUGCCUUGAGGUACCACCCAGACAAGGUGAGCGAAGAUGCUCGCGACGAAGCAAAUGCCAAAUUCCAGAAAAUCGCCCUCGCCUAUGCCGUCCUGUCCGACCAACGGCGUCGCAACAUGUACGAUCGCACAGGCAACACGCAGGAAGUGCUUGGUGAAGAUGGCGAUUUUGACUGGCUGGACUUUUACCGCGAACAACUCUCCGCCAUGCUCGACACGCGCGCCGUCUCCGAUUUCCAAAAGAAAUACCAAGGCUCUGAUGAAGAGAAGAAGGACUUGCUCGAGGCAUACGAGACAAAUGAGGGUGACCUUGACGGGAUUUAUGAGUCGGUGAUGCUUUCCAACGUCUUGGACGACGACGAGCGCUUCCGGGGUAUCAUCGAUGAGGCCAUUGCCGCGGGAGAGGUGGAGAAAUAUGACAACUAUACCGAAGAUUCAGAGGCGAAACGCGAUCGACGGGUCAAGCGUGCGAAGAAGGAGGCUAAGGAGGCGGAGAAGAUGUCAAAGAAGAUGGAGAAUGAUAAAAAGAAGAAGGCUGCGAAGACUUCCAAGGGCUCGGCUGGGGGUGAGGAUGAUCUAUUGGCUCUGAUCAGCAAGCGUCAGCAACAACGUGGCCAGGGAUUCCUCGCGCAUCUUGAGGAGAAAUAUGCGCAGCCCAAUGGGAAGAAGCGUGGACCACCCGAUGAGCCAUCGGAGGAGGCAUUCGCUGCCGUUGGAGCUCGCAAGUCGAAAGAUGCAAAGACAAAGACGAAGAAGUCCAAGGCAUAG